AUGUCUAAAGAAACAAUACAUUCGGGUCAUUUUAUGACAUCUUAUGUUCAUUCUGACAAUUUAUUUUCUGAUAAAUCUUGUGGUCCAUCAGUUGAGAUUGAUAAUGAAUUAGAUCAAACAGAGAAUGAUGUUAUUUCUACAAGUUAUAAUUCUGAAGAUGGUGGACAAAAAAGUGUAACAUAUUAUAAAUUUGGUCCAAAUAACUCAAAAUCAAUUGAUAUAGAUAUAACAUUAAAUAAGUUAAAAAAAUGUCUUAACUCUGCAUAUGAUAAAAUGACAACACCAAAAUGGAAAAAUUUUAAUGGUAUGAAACUUAAUUCAAAACAACGAAUACGCCUUAAUAAUAUAAUUUGGAGGAGUUAUCAUGAAUUUAGAAAAUCUCAAUUUGAAAAUAAAAAAGCUGAUUCAAAGAAAAAAAUUCCAAUAUGGCAUUUUGCUGUUCCAGAUGAUGAUACAACUCAUGCAAAAGUUGAGGGUAGUAUUGUUGAGGGAAUGUAUUGGAAAAGAAAAAUUGCUGCUGUUAGAGCUCAAUACAAACGAUGGAGAACUGAUAGAAAAUUAGAAAUAAAAAAAAAUGUUGGAUGUUGUGAGAAGAGAAAACAAAAAAAAUCAUGUGGAUGCAUUGAUUAUAAAAUAAUACCACAAACAAUAAGAACUAAAAGUUUAACACCAAUGUCUAGUAUGAAUGGUUUUGAUUAUGAUGGAUAUGAUGAUCUCGAAAAUGAUAUAUCUAAUCAAAUAUAUGAAACAUUAAAUAGUCAUUAUUUUGAAGAUCAAUGUGGAAAUACAAUGCGUACAAAUUCUGAUUUAAUUCAACCAAAUUUAUAUGGUAUUAUGCCAUCAUAUCAAGAUUUUAUGAGUAAUGAUCAUGAAUUUUUUGAUCUUCAUAAUACUUUUACAUAUAGUCCACCAACAAGUGAAGGUAAUCAGAUGGGAUCAUCAUUACAAACUCCAAUAUAUGGUAAUCAAGGUGAAGUAAUUAGUUAUAAUAAUAGAGAAUUACCUUCAAAAACAACUCAUUCAAUAAAUGCACCUGCAACACAAUAUAUAUCAUCUUACAUGCAUCAACAACCACAUUAUACACAAGCUGUUUAUGGUAUGCAAUCAGUAAGUAUGGAAAAUCAACAACAUGAUUUUAUGCCACUAAGUAAUAGUAUUUUUGGUGAACCAUUAACAUCAACAACUAUUAGUGUUGCAGCAGCAUCUAGUCCUCAUACAUUACCUCCUAAUUCUAAUUUUGAUUAUCCACAAUCAUUUAUACAUAAUAAUCAGGUGGGAUUUAAUAGAAAUAAUAAUAAUAAUAAUAAUUUAUAUAAUGGUGGUGGGCAAAAUUAUUUACAAAAUAAUAGAUUUUCUAAUAAUAUUAAUUUUAAUAAAAAUAUUGACUUUACUCCAUCAACUAUUCAACAAAAUAUUCCUCAAUCAGAAGUAUGGUGGAGUAAUAAUGGAAAUAGAGGAAUAAAUGAUAUUUCACAAAUUAUGAAUCCCCAAAAUAGUUCAUUUUCAAUUCUUCAAAAUACCUCACCAUCACCAUCAUUUAAUAUUUCUGAUAUUAUUGAACCACCAUCAAAAAUUGAAAAUAUUUUGUCAAAUGUUACCUGUAGAAAUAAUGAUAAAACACGUGUUACCAGAUUAGUUGGUAGUGAAAUGGAAGGACCAUCAAUGGUAUCAAGAUCUGGUACACCAUCUAAAGGAGCCUUAAAAGCAUAUCCACCAAUGUUUCAACCUAGUACAAAUGAUUCACCACCAUUAAAUAGUAAUGUUAAACAAUGGCAUGAUACACCAAUAGAAUCAUCCUUAUCUCGAUCAUCAUCAAAUCUUAAUGAUAAAUAUAUAAAAGAUAAUACUUGGUUAAAACCACAAGCAUCUGAAAGUAGAAAAAGGCGAAGUAGUUUAACAGAAACAUCAUUUAAUGUUAGAACUGAACAACAAAAUAAAUCUAAAAAAUCAUGUAAAAUGGGUUCUGUUAAGUUUGAAAUUUAUGAUUCUGAUGAUGCUUUUUCUUCAGUUCCUUCAACUCCCAAAAAUAAUAAUUCUGUUGUUUGUGAUACUACAUUUACAAAUCAUGAAACAAGAAAAAGAAUUUUACAUUUAAAUGCAGAAAAAAAUAGGAGAAAUGCUUUAAAAGAUGGAUUUGAUCAACUUUUAAAAAUUCUUCCUAAUCUUAAUAAUGGUCUUAAAACUACAAAUGCUGUUGUUUUGGCAAAAUCUGUUGAACAUAUUAAUAAUUUAGUUGAAAAAACAACUGACAAUGAACAAGAAAUUAAUGAUCUUAAUAAAAAGAUAGAAGAAUUAAAUGAUAAAAUUAAAAAUUUUCAAGAAAAUAUGCCAUCUUCAGGAAAAUCAAAUUUAGCACUUAAAACAUCAUCUACCUCAAUUGCUCAUCAAUUUGAAAGAUUUUUUGAUAGGUAUGUCAAAGAACAAACACGAAAAGAUUACCGUUUUUGGUUAAUGUGGAAAUUAAUGAGAAACUCCGUAACUUCUUAUGGUCAAUCUCUUCCAUCGGAAGGUUGUCAAUCCAAAGAAAAAUCUGUUGGACAUUUCAAAAAUUGGUUAAUGGAGCAUUUUGAUUCAACUCAACUUAGGCGUGAUUCAUCAAAUCUUUUGAUUUAUUUAGCAACUAAGACAACUUUCAUGAGUAAACCUAAUUCUCUUUCAGAAUAUAUAAAUGAUGAAAUUGGCAAACCAUAA